CAAGAAAAAAGUCUUCACUCUUUUCCUCUCUUCCAUUAACACUCGCUCAUUUUUCUUGUAGAGAGAAAAACCAAAGAAAAAGCUUCAAUUCACUGAGUUUCGAUUAAGAAUCAAUGGCCGAUCGAAUCCAUCCUCGUGACUCGCCUCUUACGAUGUCUCCAAACGACUCAUCGGAAAUGCCUCUGAAACCACUUCCUCCUUUUUCUCCCGAAAAGCCAGUACCACCGCCUGGAACUUACGUCAUUCAGAUUCCGAAAGAUCAAGUCUACCGCGUUCCUCCUCCAGAAAACUCCCGCCGAUUUCAGCAAUACGCUCGCCGAAAAGCUGGCCGAGGCUGGUGCCGAAGCUGCUUCUGCUGGUUUCUCCUCCUCCUCGCUGUUUUCGUCGUUCUUAUCGGCAUUACAGGUGCCGUACUCUACCUUGUUUUCAAACCUGAAUCGCCUAAAUACAACGUCACAAGCUUCGCCAUUAAAGGAAUCAAUGUCUCGUCGCCGACUCCUACGAUUUCUCCAGUCAUCGAUGUUUCCGUUAGAGCUGAAAACCCUAACGAUAAGGUUGGAAUAUACUACGGGAAAGAUAGCUCUGCCUCUGUGUACUACUCCGAUAUCCUGCUCGGUAACGGAGCUAUCCCAGCGUUUUAUCAGCCGUCGAACAACGUAACGGUGUUAAAGGCAGCGUUAAAGGGGCCAGCGAUUGAUUUGACGAGUUCCGUUCUGAAGGCGUUAAGAAACGGAGAGAAGAAAGGGAAAGUACCGUUGAAAUUGACGGUGGAGGUUCCCGUUAAGCUAAAGCUGGGCUCCGUUAAGACUUGGACACUUUCCGUUAAAGUCCGGUGCGUUGUAACGGUGGAUAAGUUAACGACGAAGGCAAAGAUUGUUUCUAAGGACUGUGAUUACAGUUGGAAACCAUGGUGGUGAAAAUAGUCCAUUUUUUUUUUUACUUUCAAAUUCUUUUUUUAAUGAAUGUGUUAUAAUAGAGUUUUUUCUUUUUCUUUUAUUAGAGAUGAAAGUAAUUUGAUUGUAUACUAAAGGACAAAGAUUAAUUUAUUUUGAUUCAGUUUUGAAUAA